UUAACUUUACAACUUUUUCAUUCCCUCUGAAAUCAAACCCAAACCAAAAAGCCCAAACCACGCACGAGUCUCCAUUGCCUCUCUCUCUAUCGGUUUCAUCCAAUAGUCACGUGCGGCAAUCGGAGAUUCACGCGCCACCAUGUCUUCUCCACCGACACUUCCCGUUUCCACUUCCCAAUCCAACACAAACACCACCGGAGGAGUUUCCUCCCAAUCUCAACCUCCCAUCGCAACGCCAGCCUUCCGUAACUUCAUCUCCCGCAUCUCCUCCUCCCUCCGUCAAGCCUUCGCACACCGCCGCCCGUGGUACGAACUCGUCGACCGUUCCUCAAUUUCACGACCGGAAACUCUCGCCGAAGCGUACUCACGGAUCCGCAAGAAUUUCACAUACUUCCGUGUCAAUUACCUAACCCUAAUCGUUUUCGCUCUUGCGGUUUCUCUCAUCACGCAUCCGUUUUCGUUGCUUGUUCUUCUCGGACUCAUCGCGUCAUGGUCGUUUCUCUACUUAUUCCGUCCUUCCGAUCAACCACUCGUUCUCUUCGGACGCACAUUCGCCGAUCGUGAAACUCUAGGGAUCCUCGUUGUUCUCACUGUGUUCGUAGUUUUUCUCACAACCGUUGGAUCGUUGUUGAUCUCUGCUCUUUUGGUUGGAUUAGGGAUCGUGUGCGCGCACGGUGCGUUUCGUGUUCCCGAAGAUCUGUUUCUCGAUGAUCAAGAGGUGACUAGUUCGGGAUUCCUGUCGUUCCUCGGAGGCGCUGCUUCCGCCGCUGCUCCGGUUGUCGGACGCGUGUAAACGGUUAGAUCUGUGAUUCGGUGGAGUGUUCUAAUAUGAGGAUUUGAGAUUCAGAGAAUUGAGGCUGGUUUUUCGAUGAGAAUCAGAGAAUGAGACUCCUGUUUAAUGUGCCUCUUUUUGUUCUGAAUUUGUUAUAUACUCCCUCUGGAAUGAAAAGUAAGCGAAAAUAUAUUUGAAAAAUAGAUGUAUUUGAUAUCAAAAAUAGAUACAACUUUUCAAUACUUUUAUGCUUAUAUUUCAUUCUAAAUGGAGUAUUGUGAUUUAAUUCUAAUUGGCAUGUUUAGCAUUUUCAAGUUUCUGGAAACCUUCAUAGGGGUGGAUUGUAAUAUGGGUAAAUUGGGUUUAGAAAAAGAUGGUUUUGUGCUGUAAGAAGAAAUUCUGAAAUCUUACUUGACUAUAACUUGUAACUAUAUUAAAGCCUUAAUGCAAACAAGGAAUUAAAGUGGCUUCGUGUGGAAUUUGACUUCUCAA